UUUUUUAAUAGAUAAAAUUUUGAUUCUUUUACAGCCCCUUGUGUAAUAGUCUAAUAGAUAGUGUGUUGAUAAAUGCCAUCUCAGAAUCACAAAUUUUCAUUCUCCAUUUUCUGAUUCUUGCAUUGAUUAUCAAAAAUGAGAACAAAACCCAUCACAAGUCCAGGCAGAACGGAGAAAUUCCCACCACCAUUAAUGAGAUUUUUAAGAAGUAAUGGAGGAAGUAAAAGUACUAGAAGAACAUCUUCAUCUUCUACUCGUUCAAGUCCACUGUUUAUCAGAAAAAAGAAUAGUGCUAAUGUUGAAACUACUACUCAAGAACCCACUUCUCCAAAAGUUACUUGUAUGGGUCAAGUUAGAGCUAAGAAAAAAUCUAAAAAUGGAAGCAGAAGCAAAGAUUCAUCACCAAAUAAAUGGUUUUGUUGGAGUUGGAGUUGGAAGAGUAAGAAAAAAUCUCUGUUUUUCUGUAAUUGUUCUUGUUCUUUUUGUUCUAAAUCUGUUUUUAGAAGUUGGUUCUUGUGUUGUUCAUCACAAGAUAAAGUUGAUGAAACUGUGCUUGAAGUUGGGAGAAAUGAAGAACCAAGAGAUAAACAGGAAGAGGUUGAGGAUGAAGAUGAAGAAGAAGAAAGCAAGGGUUUUGUGAGUACAACAGCAGCAGGAUCACAUUCACCACCAAAGAAUGCAUUGUUUCUAAUGAGAUGCAGGUCAGAUCCAUGUAAAAAUUCCUCAAUGUCAAUGUUCAGUAGAUUUAGUGAUAGUAGUACAGAUCAAAAUUAUAUUACCAAUACUGAAAGUAGUAAAGAAAUUGAGAAACCCACAUUGGAAAAUCUAGUAACUGAUUACGAGGAAAAGAUUGAGUCAUGUGAAACUUCAUCAAGUAGCAGUGAGAGGAGAAGAAGUAGCAGUACAGUAAUCAAAGAUGAAGUAGUAUCAGUAGUAGAUGAUGAAGAAAAGGAAGAAGGAGUACCACUGACAUUAACAAGAUGUAAAUCAGAACCAACAUUUACAAGAUUAAUGAAAGUUGAUGAUGAAACUGAGAAUCAGAAGAAGAGAAAUUCAGAGUCUAAAUGAAGAAAAAAAUGUCCAUCUCAUACUUUUAUUAUUAACUUAUACAUUUUGUGAUAUAAUCUUUUUGGUUUCACUUUCCAAAGUUCUGUUUUUCUCUUUUAUAUGAUCUUUAGUUUCUUGUUUAAUGGAGAUAUGGGGAUGGAUGUACAGUGAGAGAAGAAUCUCUCAACAAUGGAGGAAAGAGAGAGGGAGAGUAUUAAAUGUGCAAUGAUACUAUUACACAGCCUCUACCAAACAAAAGACUGACUUAAAACUGUAUUUAAGUAAUAUUUGUUUGGUGAUGAAUGAUAUGUAGAAUCAGAUACGUUAUAUAUAUAGAUUUAUUGGAUU